AUGGCGCAUACCUCAGGCAUUACACCUUUAUAUCAGGUGUUCAAACCACCUUUCACCAUCGAAUCACCGGGAUACGAGAAAACCCCGAACGAAACUAUUCCCCGCCGCCAUCCACGGGCUCGCGAUGGCCUGAUCGAACGCCCAUCCGAAGAUCUUCGCACUGUUUUCGACAUUAUCCGCCGCAGCGCACGACUGUUCCCCGACAGCAAUGCUGUUGGCUCUAGAAAGCUGAUUCAGCUCCACAAGGGAACAAAUCAGUUCGAGAAGAAAGUCGACGGCAAGGUCCAGAAAAUGGAAAAGGAAUGGACCUUCUUCGAGUUAUCUGGCUUUUCUUUCAUGACGUACAAGCAGUACGAGAAGCAUUGCUUUGAAGUCGGCUCAGGUUUGCGAAAGUUGGGGCUUGGACGAGGUGACAAAGUGUUUUUGUUCGGCUCCACGAGUGCGCAGUGGAUUGCUACAUCGCAUGCUUGUGCUACUCAGUCCAUCUCAAUCAUCACAGCUUACGACUCACUUGGAUCAAGUGGCCUUGAACACAGUCUCCUACAGACCCAGGCUGAGGUCAUGUAUAUCGACCCCUACCUGCUUAAGACCGCAGCGGAGCCUCUCAAGAAGUCCAAAGUACACACUCUGAUUGUGAAUGAAGCAUCCAUCUUCGGCGGAUCGGAAAUUCUGGAAAACUUCAAGACCUCACACCCAAAGAUCAAAGUGAUUAGCUUCGAAGACCUUUGCAAGUAUGGCCAGAACGAAAUGGUAGAUCCUGUUUAUCCCGAACCCGAUGACUUGUACUGUGUGAUGUACACGUCAGGAUCUGGAGGCGUUCCCAAGGGCGUGCGAAUCGCGCACCGCAAUCUCGUUGCAGGCAUUGCCGGUCUGUAUACCUGCGUCUCCGACUGUGUCACCCAUAACGACGUCUUACUCGCCUAUCUUCCGCUUGCACACGUCUUGGAAAUGGCUCUCGAGAAUCUCGGGUAUUACUUUGGCGGAGCCAUCGGCUAUGGUAACCCACGAACCCUCUCUGAUACGUCCGUACGAAACUGCGCUGGCGACAUGCGUGAACUAGCACCUACAAUUAUGCCCGGUGUCCCUCAGGUCUACGAGACUAUUAGAAAAGGCGUCAUGACUCGGCUCAACUCCAGCGUGCUACUACGAACUUUGUUCUGGCGUGCUUUUGCUUACAAGAGUUUCAUGGUCAAACACAAGCUACCCGGUGCUUGUCUGCUUGAUAACAUCGUCUUUGGAAAGAUUCGGGAGAUGACUGGUGGCAGGAUCCGGUUUCUUUUCAAUGGUGGAAGCGCUAUUUCUCUAUCGACGAAGCAUUUCCUGUCCAUAGUUUUGGCUCCAAUGUUCACAGGUUAUGGUCUCACAGAAACCUGUGCAAACGGAUCAUUGGGAUCCCCUCUUGAGUUCACCCUCCACUCGAUCGGUACAAUUCCAGGGUCAAUCGAGGUCAAGUUGGUCUCUGUCCCCGACUUCGGCUACUCUGCAGAUGCCGAGAUACCGCAAGGUGAGAUCCUGAUUAAAGGUGCGGCCGUUAUGUUGGGAUACUACGAAAAUGAGGAAGAAACCAAGAGAAGCUUUACUGAAGAUGGCUGGUUUAAAACCGGAGACGUUGGCGAGUUCGAUGCCGAUGGCCAUCUUCGAGUGAUCGAUCGCAUCAAGAACCUGGUCAAGUUACUCAGUGGCGAGUAUGUUGCGCUCGAAAAGCUAGAAGCUAUCUAUCGCGGAGUUCAGGGUAUCAUGAACGUCAUGGUUUAUGCCGAUUCUGACCACUCUCGGCCUAUUGCUGUCGUCAUGCCUAAUGAGACCUCUCUUCUCCACAUGGCUCGGGAGUUGGGCGUUGAUGAGCACAGCAUGCACAGUGAUCCUCGAAUUCAGGAAAUUCUGCUGAAGGAACUGCAAGCAGCUGGGAAGCGCGGUGGUCUAUCGAGUGCUGAGAUUGUUGCUGGCGUAGUGAUAACCCCAGAAGAAUGGACUCCGGCAAGCGGACUUGUGACUGCUACCCAAAAGCUCAACCGACGGGCUAUCAAUACAAGAUAUAAGAAGGAGAUCCACGAGGCACUCAAGAACGCCUAA